AUGUCAACAUUCAACUAUCAAAUUAUCUCAGGGUACAUGCUUUUACGUCGGUGUUGGACGCACCGCAUUUCUAUUGCGCCCGUCGGUCUACGUGCUCGCUGCUACAGUUCUGCUCGGCAUCAUGGUAUAACUCUCGAGAAACCGGUCCAAUCUUACAUAUCCCGGAGUUCGGACCCUUUUAUCAAUCUCUCGAUCGAGCACUAUCUGCUCCAGAAAUCACAUCCAGAAUCUUCGAUACUAUUUCUCUAUGUCAACCGGCCCAGCGUUAUCAUCGGAAGAAAUCAAAACCCAUGGCUGGAAGUAAACCUCGGGCUUCUCAAUGCCGCAAAAACGAGUCCCGAUUCGCCAUCUAGGAUCGAAAACGAACCUCCGGGCUUGGGAGAUGUGGACCUAGUUCGCAGACGUAGCGGUGGUGGGACCGUAUUCCACGACGGCGGAAACGUAAAUUGGACGGUGAUAUCUCCAGCCGCCACUUUUACCCGCGACAAACAUGCGGAAAUGGUGACACGGGCUCUACGUUCUUGCGGUGUUGGGAGGUCUCGCGUUAACGAGCGGCAUGAUAUUGUUCUAGACCAGGGAACUUCUGAUUUCACUGGUGCUUGGGGACCUGACGACGAUACCCAUUCUACACCAUGGCAGAGCUCUACCAUUCGCCCUCUCAAAGUGUCAGGGUCGGCGUAUAAACUUACUAGAGCGAGGGCAUUGCAUCAUGGGACUGCAUUGCUGAACAGUCCGAACUUGCACGUCAUUCCUUCUUAUCUGCGUAGUCCGGCCAAGCAGUAUAUCAAGGGCAGAAGUGUGGAUAGUGUCAGCUCGCCUGUGGGCAACAUUUUGCUGAAUAAUGACGAGUUUAUCCAGAAUGUGCAGAGGGAGUACAAGGAGUUGUAUUCAGGUGCUGCAAAAGCGGUGGAGUUGGGAGAUGAGUGUCUUGAGAUUGAGGAGGUCAGGAAGGGACAUGCUGAAUUGAGCAGUCUCGAGUGGACAUAUAUGCAAACACCACAAUUCACCUUCUCUGAUCUGCCUCUGAAGCCAGAGCAGAAGGAAGGAGAGAUCGAUUAUUCAGAUGCCAAGUUCCGUCUGGAUGUGCGUUAUGGAGCCGUUACUGGAUGUCAACUCAAGUUGAAAGACAGCACUACUCAACAAAGCGAGCGUCUCGCCCAACUGUUGGAGAAGAAGCAUGUCCAUGAGAUUACAGACUGGGGAGCCUUGUUCAAGGAAGCUGCCUCAGAGUCAGCUGAAGCAAUGGACAUGGCGAAGUGGGUACAGAGUAUGCUUAGCAUACCUCACUAG